AUGACUCUUGAAGACGUCCCUGACAAACGUUCUGGUCUCAUGUCAGAGUUUACGUUGGGAUGUGAUUCAUGUAAUGAGUCAAGCUGUUUCACCACAUUGGUCAAUGCUGCUACUCGGGGAAGGUCACAAGAUAUAAAUCGCUGUGCUGUUUAUCACUCAGUGGAGACUGGCAGUGAUUACGAAGGUCUGGCGUCUUGUUGCAGCAUUUUUAACAUGCCUUGUAUUUCUAGGCCUGCUUACUACAAGCAAGUUGAAGUCAUCAUGGGAUCACUCGAAGAAAAAGCAAAGGUUCCAAGAGAUGAAGCAAGAUAACUGAAGCGAAGAAGUGUGAUUUGCAUGCCACUGAUAAGGAAAAGAGACGACGCCUAUUUCGCACCAGAAGGGAAAAGGCCCUCCGCAAUACUGAAGGAGUGACAUAUGAGGCAGCAGCUUUCUAGCUACUUCUCACAAGGAUCUUAUAGGUUAUUAGAACUUACAAAGACCUUAAACUUUGUAAGAUGAUGAAAUAUUUAACAUUAACCAGUAACGAAAACUGUAAACUCCAUUUUCUCAUUUCGCACUAUUUCAGCGGUCGAGAAAAGAUAUCUUGAGUAGAUUACAAUGGAUUUGGCUAAAAUUUUUAGUGAUUGUUCCACUCAGUCAACUUUGUGUUUUAAGCAGAGGAAUUUGUUCCAUGGCAAAUAUUUUGAAAGUUAUGGCAGUUUCAAUAUUUUAUAAUUCGGUGCUAAAAUCUGAUUGGCCAUAACUUUUUCAUUAUUUAAUGUAUCUAAAUUCUCUCUGCUUAAAACAGUAAACCCUAUAUGUUAGUUAAUUUAAGAUAUAAAAGAGCCAAAUCAUUCAAAUACAGAAUGUGCAAUCCUUUCUUGAAUAUAGCCUAGUCACAAAUUUGGCAAUCGGCCCAGAGCCACCUUAAUAUGGCUUCUUGUGUGCAGUAAAUAGCUUUUUUAGAUUCCUCAGGGCAUAAGCUUUCUGCCAAUAUAUAGUUUGUGGGGGUUUUGAUGUAAACUUAGUGAACUAUGACGUUUUUCCUUACACCAUAUAUUUAAGGUUAACUCCCCUUAAAUAAAAUUCAAAAAAUAUUUUUUUAUAAUUUAUUUAGCAAUACAAACGAACUUAGAUAAUUGCUUGGAAUAGAAAAAGGUCGAAUGUUAGAAUAAUUUUAAACCUCAAAUAUUAUAAAUAGUAAUAGGUAUUUAUGCUCUUUCCGGAAGUAUAUUUAUAAUAAAAUAAGGCCGUAAUUAGUCAUGGGGAAUAAAACUUUGAAUGCUUUAAAAAUUCUUGCUAUCAUGGAUCUAUAGGACUCUAGCUACUAGCUGAUGAUGGUUUGAUCGGACUUAGGUAUACUAAUCUCGUGUUCGUAGUGCUGAAAUGUUAUACUAAUAUCUCUUUUGUCUAGGGUGAACAUGUGUGGCUUGCCCCAGAAACAAAAGGUGAAUUUGACGUCGCUAUUGGUGGUGUGGUGAAGCUCUCAGACUCCGGACAGAUUGCCAUUGUUGAUGAUGAAGGAAAU